CAUACCGUGCGUUUCAUGUUUUAAUAUUUUCACGUGGAUAUUGAAUUGUUGUUUAAUUAAUUUUUUCGUUGUUUUUGACUAUUUUUUAAUAGUUAAUAUAAUUCGGAGUUAAGUAAUAAAGGUUGAAUAUGCCACCGAAAAAAGCUGCAGGUGGAGCUAAAGCAGGAAAAUCAAAAUCUGCUGAUGACAGUGAUAAAGGAAAAGCCGACAAAAAAGGAGGAACAGCAGUCAAGGUUAGGCAUAUUCUUUGUGAAAAGCAAUCAAAAAUUUUGGAAGCUAUGGAAAAAUUAAAAGCCGGACAAAAAUUUAAUGAAGUUGCUGCUGCAUAUAGUGAAGAUAAAGCAAGAUCAGGGGGCGAUUUGGGUUGGAUGACACGAGGAUCUAUGGUUGGUCCUUUUCAAGAAGCAGCAUUUGCACUUCCAAUUUCAAAUUUGGGCUCUCCAGUUUAUACGGAUCCACCAGUCAAAACUAAAUUUGGCUAUCAUAUUAUCAUGGUCGAGGGGAAAAAAUGAAAAAUUUUGUAAAUAUCUUUUUCUAAUUGUUAUCGUUUUCAUUUUAAUAAACAAUUUGUAUAUUAUCAAAA